UCACACAGUAUUACAGUAAGUACACAUCAUAGAAGUGGACAUCUGCUUCCUACCGGUGAGAAAAAAGUGACAACAAUGGCGGAAAUCAAGAGUAUUGGGGUGGUGGGUGGUGGCCAAAUGGGGUCCGGAAUUGCCCAACUGGCCGCCGUUAAUGGCAUCACCGUCUGGCUUCACGAUACCGACGCCGGAGCUCUCACCAGAGCUCUAUCCUCCAUUUCUGACUCUAUUCAACGCUUUGUCUCUAAAGGUCAACUCUCUCAGGAAGUGAAAACUGAGGCUUUGAGAUGUUUAAGGUGUACUUCUAACUUGGAAGAUCUUGCUUCUGCUGAUAUUGUUAUUGAAGCCAUCGUGGAAUCUGAGGAUGUUAAGAAGAGUCUUUUUGUUCAAUUAGAUAAGAUUGUCAAGAAGUCUGCAAUUUUGGCGUCUAAUACUAGCUCAAUCUCUAUUACUCGUUUAGCUGCUGCUACAGGCAGGCCUCAACAGGUGAUUGGCAUGCAUUUUAUGAAUCCUCCGCCUAUCAUGAAGCUGGUGGAGAUUGUUAGAGGUGCAGACACUUCAGAAGAUACAUUUAAUGUAACAAAAGCACUGGCUGAGAGGUUUGGGAAGACAGUAAUUUGUUCUCAGGAUUACUCGGGCUUUGUUGUGAACCGAAUCCUGAUGCCCAUGAUAAACGAAGCAUUUCAUGCACUGUAUACUGGAGUGGCAACAAAGGAAGACAUUGAUACCGGAAUGAAGCUAGGAACAAACCAUCCAAUGGGUCCUCUAGAGCUUGCAGAUUUCAUCGGACUGGAUGUCUGCUUAUCUAUAAUGAAAGUUCUUCAUGCAGGCCUGGGAGAUGCCAAAUAUGUUCCUUGCCCACUUCUCGUUCAGUUGGUGGAUGCUGGGCGCCUUGGUAGAAAACGAGAAAAAGAAAACAUGUUGAGAAUCUCAGUCUGCAUAGUCUCAGAAAUUGUUGUGUUGGGAGGGAAAUUCAAGAAAGAAAAGGAGAUAAAAAUGGAGGCAAAUAACAUGGUGGUCAGUAGCAGCAGUGAUGCUUUGCUAGUAAAACAGGGAAAUGAUGGUGAUAUCACUGAUAAGAGGUGGUGGUCAUGGAGUUAUAAGUUGUUGGACAUGGAAGAAGCUAAGAGGCAGGUCUUGUUUUCACUGCCAAUGAUCAUAACAAAUGUUUGUUAUUAUGCUAUCCCUUUGAUCUCUGUUAUGUUUGCUGGUCACCUUGGACAGCUUCAGCUUGCUUCUUCCAAUCUUGCCAAUUCUUGGGCUACUGUCACUGGCUUCUCGUUUAUGGUGGGCUUAAGUGGUGCACUUGAGACCCUUUGUGGGCAAGGAUAUGGUGCAAAACUAUAUGGAAUGUUAGGAAUAUACCUACAAGCCUCUUGCAUUAUAUCGAUAGUCUUUUCUAUAAUUAUAUCCACUCUGUGGAUAUAUACAGAACCUAUUUUGGGAUUACUUCAUCAAGAUCCUGAGAUUUCAAAGGCAGCUUCGCUCUAUAUAGUGUACCUUAUACCCGGAUUAUUUGCAUAUGGUGUACUGCAUAACAUCUUGAGGUUUCUCCAGACACAGUCUGUGGUCAUUCCGCUGGUUGUUUGUUCUGUGAUCCCCUCAAUCAUUCAUAUAGGCAUCACAUAUGUUUUAGUUCAGUGGACAUCUCUCGGCUUUGUAGGAGCACCAUUAGCAGCUUCAAUUUCAUUAUGGAUAUCGGUUCUUAUGUUGGCAUCAUAUGUACUCUAUGCAAAGAAAUUCAAGCAAACAUGGGAAGGUUUUUCUUGGGAGUCGUUUUCUCAUGUUUUUGGUAACUUGAAGCUUGCUCUUCCUUCUGCAGCUAUGGUUUGUUUGGAGUAUUGGGCAUUUGAACUUCUGGUGUUACUGGCAGGAGUAAUGCCAAAUGCUGAUGUAACUACUUCACUGAUCGCUAUGUGUGUAAAUACAGAAGCAGUGGCAUAUAUGUUUACUUAUGGCCUCAGUGCCUCUGCCAGUACAAGGGUAUCAAAUGAGCUAGGAGCGGGAAAUUCUGAAAAAGCUAAGCAUGCGAUGAAGGUCACUCUUAAGCUCUCGAUCAUUCUUGCUGUUGCAGUUGUGCUAGCUCUAGGAUUUGGUCACGAUAUAUGGGCUGCUUCCUUUAGUGAUAGCUCAAUCAUAAUAAAAGAAUUCGCUUCAGUAACACCCUUGCUUGUCAUUUCCAUAGUAGUUGAUUCUAUUCAAGGAAUCUUGUCAGGGGUGGCAAGGGGAUGUGGCUGGCAGCAUCUUGCUGUUUACAUUAACUUAGCGAUGUUUUAUUUCAUAGGAAUGCCGAUUGCAAUGCUGCUAGGAUUUAAGUUGAAACUAUAUGCUAAGGGAUUGUGGCUGGGAUUAAUUUGCGGUCUCUCUUGUCAAGCGGGAAGUCUGUUACUGCUAACAAGAUUCGGUACAUGGAACAAAAUGGAGCUCAGUGGAAGUAGACAUGCAGAAAGUGCAGUUCUUGUUUAAUCAAAGGUUUUAAGCGAAGUUUCCAAAGUAAUUCAGUUUUUCAAGUCUUCAUCUGAAUCUAAUUACUUCGUAAGUCUUAAAUCUUAAUGAUUUAUUCUAUAUGGAGUUCAAUUGGAGAAUUGUUAUC